AUGGCACAUACGGCCAUGGAACUGUCUACCAUUGACAAGAGAGCGGGGUUUACGACGGUACCCCCAAGAGCCGGACAUGCACAUGUUGCAGAUGCUGCUGCGCAAUAUUCAAGUAAAGAAGUACGGGAGCGGGUGGAGGAAUUGACGUCCUCAACUACCUCGCUUUAUCCACGAUACAAACGCAACCCCCAAGCACGAAGUAUCAGGUCGCUUUAUCAGGAGGUCGAGGCCGACGAGAGCGAGCGUCCUACAUCCGGCUCGCAAUCAGCCGAAGGUAAGACUGGCCGAGUCGAGUCAAAUGACGCUGCAUCUGGUCUAACAACAACAGUGUUUGGAAGGAUAGCGUCGAUACGAACCAGCGGAUCCAAACUGGCAUUUCUAGACAUUGUCGAGGACCAACUGAGGCUCCAGGUCGUGCUCUCAUACUCGGCUCUCGAAUCCUCUGGCGUGUCUCUGGAUGAUUUCAAGCAUAGUUGUCGGCUCAUCCGGCGCGGAGACUAUAUCUCAUUGAAUGGAGGACAACCGUACCGAGCCAAAAAUGGCCAAGUCUCCAUCAAAGCGUCGAGCUUGCCAGUGAUUCAAUCGCCAUGCCUCCAACGUUUCCCUGUUGAGCAACGCGGAUUCGCGACGAGUCCUCUCUCUGAGACCAAUUACCAGCCUCGACAUGUCGAGAUGCUGACGGAUCCAGAGGUCAUUGAGACUCUGAAAGCCCGAUCCACGCUUCUUCGCACCAUGCGCACUUUCUUCGAAACCCGAUCGUUCGUAGAAGUGAGCACGCCUAUCCUGACCGCCCUGGCUGGAGGAGCAACUGCCAAACCAUUUGAGACUGCUGCGACCGAGUUCCCUAACCGGAAAUUGAGCUUGCGCAUCGCCCCGGAGUUAUGGCUGAAGCGACUGAUCGUCGGCGGGAUGGAACGCAUCUUUGAGAUCGGACCGUCCUUCCGAAACGAAGGACUCGAUAAAACGCACAAUCCCGAAUUCACCACUUGCGAGUUCUACGCCGUCCGUCACGAUCUGCCACAACUGAUGGACUACACUAAGCAACUGCUCAGUGAGAUCGCAAUAGCAAUCGAAGCCUUGCCGCAUCAACAGCCGCCCGAGGUCGCCAACCUGCUCCAGUCCGUCCGGGAGCCUUACCAAGAAUUCGACUUCAUCCCCACGCUGAACUCGGCGUUAGGCGUUGAGCUGCCGGACCUCUCAUCUCCCGAAGCUCCGAGACAACUUCUCCAGAUCUUCGAAUCCAAGGAUCUUCCGCUCCCAAGCAACCCGACUGUCCCUCGGCUCAUGGAUAAGCUCUCUUCCAUCUACAUUGAACCACGCUCCAUGGACCGUCCGACCUGGAUAGUCAACAUCCCGGAAUGCCUCUCGCCGCUGGCUAAGUCGUAUAUCCACCCCCAUGCUCCGAACCGCCAGCCCGUGGCCGCUCGGGCGGAAUUGUUCAUCCAGGGCAAAGAAGUGGUCAACUGCUACGAGGAGGAGAACAGUCCGUUCGAACAGCGGAGGAAGUUUCAAGAACAGCAACACUAUGCGCAUCAGUCGAGUCCGUCAAAUGACGGAAGUCCGAUCCAAAGCCAGACCGUCGACGAAGAAGCCAUGAAAGUCGAUGAAGAUUUUCUGGAGGCUUUGGAAUGGGGUCUCCCACCCACAGGCGGUUGGGGCUGUGGGAUUGAUCGGCUUGUCAUGCUGUUCACCGGCAAGGAGAGGAUAGGCGAUGUCUUGACGUUUGGCAAUCUACGUGCUGUCACUAGAGGGGCGGAAAAGAGGCAUUCUGGUUCGUGA